AUGACGGAAAACAACAUUACCCCUUCGACAGCCCAGCCUGCGACCUUGCCUACAACUGUCGCCGAGCAGCCCAUUCAAGCAACCGCCACCCCGACCGCCUCAGUUACUGCAACUGCCGUCGCCGCCACCGCUGCAGUCAACAGCCCCUCCAUGAACGGGGGUGGUGAACAGCUGCCUUGUCAAUGGGUUGGAUGCACUGAAAAGUCUCCUACUGCUGAAGCACUCUAUGAACAUGUCUGCGAACGCCACGUUGGACGUAAGAGCACUAACAACCUCAACCUCACUUGCCAAUGGGGUACCUGCAACACCACAACCGUAAAGCGGGAUCACAUCACCUCACACAUCCGUGUGCAUGUACCUCUCAAGCCUCACAAGUGUGAUUUCUGUGGCAAGGCGUUCAAGCGCCCCCAGGAUUUGAAGAAGCAUGUCAAGACCCAUGCCGACGACUCCGAGAUUCGGUCCCCCGAACCGGGUAUGAAGCACCCUGAUAUGAUGUUCCCUCAAAACCCCAAGGGGUAUGCUGCUGCCACUCAUUACUUUGAGAGCCCAAUCAAUGGUGUCAAUGGUCAAUACGCACACGCUGCCCCCCAAUACUAUCAACCACACCCUCCCCCUCAGGCUGCGAACCCCCAUUCCUAUGGCAACGUGUACUACGCCCUGAGCCAGGGUCAAGAUGGCAACCAUGCCUACGACCGCAAGCGUGGAUAUGACGCGUUGAACGAAUUCUUUGGCGACCUCAAGCGCCGCCAGUUCGACCCCAACUCCUACGCCGCGGUCGGCCAGCGCCUCCUCGGCCUGCAGGCUCUCCAGCUCCCCAUUCUGAAUGGUCCUGUCCCUGAGUACCAGCAAAUGCCCGCCUCUGUCGCGAUCGGCGGCGGCGGCGGUUACAGCCCUGGUGGCUCCCAGGCCCCUGGAUACCACCUUCCUCCCAUGUCUAACGUUCGCACCAAGAACGAUUUGAUCAACAUCGAUCAAUUCCUCGAACAGAUGCAAAACACCAUCUACGAGAGUGAUGAGAACGUGGCUGCCGCUGGCGUCGCCCAGCCUGGCGCUCACUACGUACACGCUGGCAUGAACUAUCGCGCCACUAACUCUCCUCCCACUCAGCUCCCGCCAAGCCACGUCACCGCAACCACCUCCGCCCCCAUGAUGGCCGCCCAGGCUCACUCUCCCUCCGUCGGCACUCCUGCUCUGACCCCGCCUUCCAGCGCCCAGUCAUACACCUCGCAACGCUCCCCCAUCUCCAUGCACCACGCCCACCGCGUCUCGCCUCCCCACGAGAGCGGCGCAGGCAUGUACCCCCGUCUGCCGUCGGCCACUGUCGCCGACAGCAUGGGCGCAGGCUACCCAACUGCCUCAGGUGCCGCCCCGCCAUCGACUCUGAGCGGCGCGUAUGACCACGACGACCGCCGCCGCUACACUGGUGGUACCCUGCAACGCGCUCGGCCGGCCGAGCGAUCUGCUACCGAGGACCGCAUGGACAUCUCCCAAGACAGCAAGGAUGAUGGCGAGCGCACCCCCACCAAGGACCGUUCUGCUAUGCACAUUUCGGAGAGUCUGAUUGAUCCCGCUCUGUCUGGCUCACCGGAUCCCGACCUGGAGGCUGCCCAGCGCACCGCUCAAGCUGCUACUGAGGUCGCCGAGCGAGAUGUUAAUGUGGCCUGGGUUGAGAAGGUCCGUCUGCUUGAGAACCUUCGCCGCUUAGUUUCUGAGCUUUUGGAAGCUGGUAGCAACCAGGGUGAAGCACAGAGCAGUUCGGCAUCUCCCACACCGGGCCUCGAUGCCAUGGAAGGAAUUCAAACUGCUUCGCGGGCCACUUCCGAACAACCCAGAGAGGAGGCCAAGGCCGAAAGUGCUGUCUUCUACCCUACAUUACGUGGACUGGAUGAGGAUGGAGACUCUAAAAUGCCUGGCGAUGAUGUGUAA